UGGGCGGGUUAAGAAACGCCGAGAGGGAGGGGGCGCAGCGUAAUAUUCCCACCGUUUUUUCUCCUGUUCAUCUCCUGAAAAAACAAGGACGUUCGUCGGUCUCUUCUUCCUCCUCCUCACAUCUCACCCCCCGAUUCUAACACUCGGGUGCGCAUCCUCCAUUUAAGAUUAUCAGCCUCUCUCCAUCUCCACCUGGAGGUUUGGUUUGCUGUCAGCCUGCCUGCGGGGGAUUGCCGAACCGAGCGGCAGGGGCGUGAGAGGCGGAUGCUGCGAGUGUAGAGGCAGGGUACCAGCCAGGAGCAUCACCGCACUCGCCACGAUGGACAGAAUGAAUUUUCUCUCCUUCCUCCUUCUUUGCUUGACUUCGGUUGCCAGUGGCAACAAAGCCAAUAAGCACAAGCCAUGGAUCGAGACAGAGUACCAGGGGAUUGUCAUGGAGAACGACAACACCGUGCUGCUCAAUCCCCCUCUUUUUGCCCUGGACAAAGAUGCCCCACUUCACUAUGCUGGUGAAAUCUGUGGCUUCCGGGUACAUAAUGGGCCCUUGGGUUCAGGUUCAGUCCAGUUUGAAGCAGUGGUCUUGGACCGCUCCACCGGUGAGGGGCUGGUCCGGUCGAAGGAACCUCUGGACUGUGAGAGCCAGCGGGAGCACAGCUUCACCAUCCAGGCCUACGACUGUGGAGAGGGACCUGACGGAGUCAACAGCAAAAAAUCCCACAAGGCCACUGUGCAUGUUCGUGUGAACGACGUCAACGAGUUCUCCCCCGUGUUUGUUGAGCGCCGCUAUGAGGCUUCAGUCCCAGAGGGUCGUCUGUUUGACCGAAUCGUGCGCGUGGAGGCUUUGGAUGCUGACUGCUCCCCACAGUAUAGCCAGAUUUGCUUCUAUGACAUCAUCACUCCCAAUGUGCCCUUUGCUAUUGACAACGAUGGUAACAUUAAGAACACAGAGCCUUUGGAUUCAAAGCGGCAGCAUGUUCACACCUUCUGGGUGACGGCCUUUGACUGUGGAAAGAAUCGUGCUCAGGCUGACGCCCAGGUUGUUGUUACGGUUAAGCCAUCCUGCAAACCCGGCUGGAUCGGAUGGACCAAGCGUGUAGAGUACACACCUGGGUCUGGUAGCAUCCCCCUGUUCCCCAGCCUGCAUUUGGAAACCUGUGAGGAGACUGUAUGGAACAUCCAGGCCACCGUAGAGCUCCAGACCGGCCACAUCGGGAAGGGCUGUGACAGAGACAGCUACUCCGACAGAUCUGUUAGGCGACUCUGUGGUGCUGUCAGGGGUGAAGUAGAUCUCCUCCCACCUCCAUCUCCUGCAGCCAACUGGACCGCAGCUUUACCCACUCUCCCUUCUUCUGAUUCAUCUCUUGUCUUCUCCUUCAACGGGUCCAGUCAUGUUGCUGUGGUACCUGAUUCGGUUGUGGCUGCCCUAUCAGGCGACCAUUUCACCCUCCAGCUUUGGAUGCGCAGGGGUGGUGCAAACAUUCAGCCUGCAUCCACACAAACCAGAGGAAACCGCAAGGAAGAGGAAUUUAUUGUGUGCAGCACUGUCAAGAAUGAUGACUCCUACUCCCAUUACUCCCUCUCUGUCCAUGGGUGCCGCCUGUCUCUUUUCUACUGGCCUGACGUCUCAGCAGCACGACCCGUCAAGUUCUUGUGGAAACUGGAGCAGGUGUGUGACAGCGAGUGGCAUCAUCUCUCACUCAGUGUCCAGUUCCCAUCUGUGACUCUGUAUGUGGAUGGAGUGACCUUCGAUCCCGCCCUUAUCCAUGACAACGGAGCCAUUCCCAAUCCUUUACCACGCCAAAGGAUGUUUAUUGGUGCUUGCUGGGAGCCUGAGGAAAAGCAGAAGGAGAUACUAAACAACACAAUCCCAGAGAGUAAAGACUCAGUGAAGUAUGUAGGUGGUUACCAUGGUCUGUUAUCGGGGGUUACGGUGCGCCCUGGCAGCGUGGAACCUCACAGUGUAGUGGAGUGUCUCUACGCCUGCAGGGAGGGACUAGACUUCGGAGACUUGGAGACUCUUGGCUCUGGGAUGAAGGUUCAUGUGAACCCAAGUCAGUCUGUGUUGGUGCUAGAGGGAGAUGACAUUGAGAGCUUUAACCGUGCAGUGCAGCAGGUCACCUACAGAAACUCUCUACGCUUCGCCACCCCUGGAGUGCGUCCACUCAAGCUUACCACCUCACUCAGAUGUUUCAAUGAGGAGAGCUGUCUGUCCCUCAAGCAGCUGGAAGGCUACUUGGUAGUUCUUCAGCCUGAUGCCCCUCAAAUCUCUUUGUCUGGAGUUGGCCCUCAUCUGGCCCGUCCGGCUCCUGAGUUCGAAGGUUCCCGUGGUGUUCCGCUUUUCCCAGAACUUCGCAUUGUCUGUUCUCUAUCACAUGCUGUUAACACAGCUGCACAGGGGAUGGAGGGUGGAGCUCUGAUGUCUGAUGCAGUGGCUCACACCUUGGAUGGCUGUGAGGUGCAGCCGCUGGGGGAGGAGCUAAACCCAGAGAGGGAGGAGCUUCUGGUGGACAUGGAUGUUGUGCGAGAGAGGGGACUAGAAAUCAUCAAUACUACUGCUUACAUUGCCAUAACAGGAGCUGAAUCCAUCUCUGUGUAUGAGGACGUCCUUCGCUCAGUCCGCUACCGUCUGGCUAAAGGCUCCGCUCGCUUCGAGAGGCGGUUCCGCCUGUCCUGUUCUGAGAUGAAUGGCAGAUACACCAGCAAUGAGUUGACUCUGGAGGUGAACUUCCUCCACUCUUUGGACAGUUUGUACCAUCCAUCCCACCUUCUUGCUUCCCAGCAACAGUUUCUCCAUCCGUCCCACCAUACCGGGGAGUUGAGUGGGCACACGCUGCCCAAUCCACAUCGCAACUCAGUGGUGCCAGGAGCAGCCACCGUCAUCAUCAUGGUGUGCGUGGGUUUCCUGGUAGUUAUGGUGAUCCUCGGCGUCUUCCGAAUUCGCUCCAUUCAUCGCCGAGGUGAAGGUUCUCGAGGAGGGGCCAAGGAGGGUAGCAGCCAAUGGGAUGACUCUGCCCUCACCAUCAUCGUCAACCCAAUGGAGUCAUAUGAGUCUCGUAUGGGCAUCUCUGCUGACACGGAGGGGGAGGGGGAGGAAGAUGAGGAAGCAGUAGAGUCACCUGACGACGCAAGCGAUGACCAGAGAAUCAUCAUCAAGAAGGAGGGCAGAGACGGCAACGCUCGCCGCUACUGAGCCACAUCUUUAUCUGUACCAGUUCUCAUGGAAACCACAAAUCAGCUCACCAGUCUCUCACACACCAACACUUUUAAUAUCAACGACUGCUGACACCACUAGUAUAAGGAAUGUAUGCUUACAAACACUACGCACAACACAGCCACUGUAAUACUCUUAACACUCAACGCCAUAUGUGACCUAUAGCCGACAAUGGGCUGUUGUUCUCCACAUAAAUGUUCAAUGGCACAAUGUAUACAGUUGAUGUGAUUUAACCACCUGACUAAAACUCACCAAAAUUGUAUGUGGUGCACCAGUUCUAAAUCACAGAAUGGUCAUGUGUCUGUAUAGUGUAAUGCUGUCUGGAAAGGGACUGUUUUGUUUUCAAAAAAAAUUAUAGGAUCGUAGUCUGUUUUUUGUUAUUAAUAACAGAAAUCUUUAAGAUGUAAGCUGGAACAAUUUGCAACACAAAGGCCUUGAGUAGACCAGUAGGCAAAGACACAAUCCAUGAUCCUGACAGAUCUUUAUUAUACUGACUCAAGAAGUCUGUGCACAAGCUCUUUUCUCCCUCUUUGCAUCCACCCCAGAACCACCACAGAGUGAAGACAGUGAGGUCAGACAUUAUAUACCCUUGCAGGUGUUUUACUUUUGCCAUUGUGAAACAACUUUACCACUUAAGGUCCUGGCUAUAUAAUAUCAGAGCAUUUACCAACCAUAGGCCUCAACCUUUACACAACCUCUACUUCUAUAAAACUAAAGAUUGUAAAGAAUACUAAAGCAUCUCAGUGUCAGGUCCAUGUACUGUAUGACACUGAGGUUUCAGCUUCAAACAGGAGUCUGCGCAAAGCUCCAGUUUGUGCUACAAAAUGACAAAACAGCACCAUCUAGAAUUCAUGUGGUGCAACCUGAUCCCCCCCCCCCGAUCUCACAGUGUCCUUUCUAAAUGACUCUCACUGCACUGUUUCACUCGCUGCACACUGCUCUACGGGAUGUUUCAUGCAAACACACAUAAAACACACAGGCACACUCCAUAAUGCUACCCUGCUGUUUCCAGAAUGUCCGCUCAGCUUGGGCAGUUUUGAUUGUAUUGAUUGUAAUGAAUUUUAUGUACAUAUAAUGAUGACUAUUAUGAUAUUAUUAUUACUAUUAUUGCGUCCACUCUUUCUCAUUUCUGCACAUUUUUGAGAGGGAGCAAGUUAUUAUUUUAUUAUUUUAUUUUUUUUCAUUUGAUGAAUCACCUUUCCAGCACCAGAAAAUAGUAUAAUAAUAGCAGUAGUCAUAAGGAUGAUAAUCCCUGGCUUGAUGAGUGUCUCUUAAUUUGUGUGUAAUAUUGUUGUAAUUUAAGAAAUUGUCAAUAUCUGAAUCACAGAAAAGGGAGGGCACAUUGUUGUGAUAUUAGGAUACGUCGCACGCAUUCCAUCUUUCACAUUUCAGGGUAAAUUUCACAUUUGAAAAUUAAAUUCUUUUUAUUAUUAUUUUUCUAUUUCAUUUUCACUUCAUCUGACAUUUAUUGUUUUAAUGAAUGUACAACUGUGUGCUUCUCCUCACCUUUUCCUCCCUCCCGCUUCCCUGCCUUUUUCCUUAACCUCUCCCUCACUCUCCCUCCGUGUCUCUUGCUGUCUGUCUGUGUAGCCUAUCAAUGUGCAGUGCUAAGGCUGUCAGUAAAUAAAGCCUCUUGUUUUUAAGUGUGAUGUUAAGAAGGAAUAAACAUUGCAUUGAUUAAUAACUUAUAUUACUACUAUGUUACUAUUCAAACAUUACCUGUAAUUAUUGAUACAAUGCCAACAUGGAUUAUGCUGACUAAUUGUUAUUGAGAACUGUCAGAAAACAUUACAAAAUUCAUAAUAAAAACCCUAUAUGACGUCU